AGGCAAUGCCAUAAGCCAUACACGACUGCAGUCCACCCGCUCCAUCUGCAACUGCGAGAUUACGGAAGAUGUGCUGGCUAGCUUCACGCUGGAAAGCGAUAGCAUUGCGUCAUCGGUAGACAUGGCCGCCCCGUUACGGCCAGGCAACCACGAACGGGCGUGGAAUGAUCCACCAGUGUUUUCUCACGAGACCUCAGCAGCUCUCCAGAGUCGCCCAAGGACUAGCAUUCAUCAUCGACUCCAGCAGCAGAAAUAUAUCCCCUAUCCGGAUUCUGCCCAGGCAAAAUCUUCCGAACCUAAAGAUCCAACUGAACCAAUAAAUUAUGAUAAGUGCCCUGGACCCCCUCCACCUCCAGUCGGAGGACUCAUACCUUUGGUCCAGAAAUCUCCUGCUUGUGAAACACCUGAAUCUCCGCCAGACAAUGUUGACUUCAAGUCGGAAGAAAGGAGAGAUUUCGUUAUACGCAAGCUUCGCGAAUGUGCGAGAGAUUGCUAUGAUACUAUGAGUGAAGAUACCAAGGAUGAUGUAAGGAGGCGCAUUGAAGCCCUUUUUGAUAUGUGGAAAGAAGAAAAAUUGGAGGAUCAACUCAUGCAGGGUCUUUACUCCUUGGCCAAAGCAAUUGAUGAAAAGGCAUAUGAGAAGGCUGACAAGAUGCAACAGAACUUGACUGCUGAUUUUGGGAAGUCCUGUUCCAGUUGGAUGCCAGCCAUUCGCACAAUCAUUCGAUCCCACAUUUAAUCUAUGUGAUACUUUUCAGUUAUUCCUUUUCUCUUCCUUUUAUUCAUAAAAAAAUAAUGGAUUCAAAGAAUGAG